ACGUCAGUCCGUGAUAUCAUUCCGCGGGCGGGAGUUCCGCGCGGCCUUUUCCUCGCGACGUCGGCAUACGAGAAGAAGCGCUUAACCGCGCGUGUAGAUAGCGAGAAUUUGUCACGAUAGUCUUCAUUAUCGCGCGUGGACGUGUGUUUGACUGUGAACGGCUAACUCUCUUCACCCCUGCCUUCCCGUCCGCGUCACUGCAGAAAUCUCGUCGCGUUUGCGCGCGUCAGAAUGGAGCUCAUCACAAUCCUCGAGAAAACCGUGUCCCCAGAUCGCCAUGAACUGGAGGCGGCGCAGAAGUUUCUGGAGCAGGCGGCCAUUGAGAACCUGCCGACAUUCCUGGUGGAGCUGUCCAAGGUGUUGGCCAAUCCCGGGAACACACAGGUGGCUCGUGUGGCUGCCGGUCUGCAGGUGAAGAACUCUCUGACAUCAAAAGAUCCAGACGUCAAGACACGGUACCAGCAGAGAUGGCUGGCCAUCGAUUCUAGCGCUCGCAGAGAGAUCAAGAAUUAUGUCCUGCAGACCCUCGGCACAGAGACGUACAGGCCGAGCUCGGCGUCUCAGUGUGUGGCUGGUAUCGCGUGUGCUGAGAUCCCGGUGAAUCAGUGGCCAGAGCUCAUCCCUCAGCUAGUGGCCAAUGUGACGGACCCCAGCAGCACAGAGCACAUGAAAGAGUCCACGCUGGAGGCCAUUGGCUAUAUCUGCCAGGACAUCGAUCCAGAGCAUCUGCAGGACAAUGCCAACCAGAUCUUGACGGCCAUCAUACAGGGCAUGAGGAAGGAGGAGCCCAGCAACAACGUCAAACUCGCCGCCACUAAUGCACUGCUCAACUCGCUGGAGUUCACCAAAGCUAACUUUGAUAAAGAGACAGAAAGACACUUCAUCAUGCAGGUGGUUUGUGAAGCCACUCAGUGUCCAGACAACAGGGUGAGGGUGGCUGCGCUACAGAACCUGGUGAAGAUCAUGUCUUUAUAUUAUCAGUACAUGGAGACGUACAUGGGCCCUGCGCUGUUUGCUAUCACAAUAGAGGCCAUGAAGAGUGACAUUGAUGAAGUGGCCUUACAGGGAAUUGAGUUCUGGUCCAACGUCUGUGACGAGGAGAUGGAUCUGGCCAUCGAAGCCACAGAGGCAUCUGAACAGGGACGUCCUCCAGAGCACACCAGCAAGUUUUAUGCUAAAGGAGCUCUACAGUACCUGGUGCCCAUCCUCACACAAACGCUCACCAAACAGGAUGAGAACGACGAUGAUGACGACUGGAACCCGUGUAAGGCUGCGGGUGUGUGUCUCAUGCUGUUGGCCACGUGCUGCGAGGACGAUGUCGUCCCGCACGUCCUGCCCUUUAUCAAGGAACACAUCAAACAUCCCGACUGGCGCUACCGGGACGCCUCCGUCAUGGCGUUUGGCUCCAUCUUGGAGGGACCUGAACUCAACCAGCUCAAGCCGCUCGUCGUUCAGGCCAUGCCCACCCUCAUCGAGCUGAUGAAGGACCCCAGUGUGGUGGUGAGGGACACGACGGCCUGGACGUUAGGACGCAUCUGUGAUCUUCUGCCCGAGGCGGCCAUCAAUGAGGUGUAUCUGGCCCCUCUGCUCCAGUGCUUGAUCGAGGGUCUUGGGGCCGAGCCUCGCGUGGCCUCCAAUGUCUGCUGGGCUUUCUCCAGUCUGGCUGAAGCGGCGUAUGAGGCCACGGACGCCGCUGAUGAUCAGGAGGAACCCAGCACCUAUUGUCUGUCCUCAUCUUUUGAGCUGAUCGUCCAGAAACUUCUGGAGACCACAGACAGGCCGGAUGGCCAUCAGAAUAACUUGCGCAGCGCGGCGUAUGAAGCUCUGAUGGAGAUAGUGAAGAACAGCGCGAAGGAUUGUUACCCGGCCGUACAGAAGACCACUCUAGUGAUCAUGGAGCGAUUGCAGCAGGUCCUGCAGAUGGAGUCUCACAUCCAGAGCACAUCGGACAGAAUCCAGUUCAAUGAUCUGCAGUCUCUGCUGUGUGCCACCCUGCAGAACGUGCUGAGGAAGGUUCAGCAUCAGGACGCGCUGCAGAUCUCUGAUGUGGUGAUGGCGUCUCUGCUGCGCAUGUUUCAGAGCACGGCUGGCUCGGGUGGCGUUCAGGAGGACGCGCUCAUGGCCGUCAGUACUCUGGUGGAGGUGUUGGGCAGUGACUUCUUGAAAUACAUGGAUGCCUUCAAGCCCUUCUUGGUUAUUGGUCUAAAGAAUUACGCUGAAUAUCAGGUGUGUCUGGCUGCGGUGGGGUUGGUGUGUGAUCUGUGUCGAGCUCUGAUGGCCAAUAUUCUGCCUUACUGUGAUGAAAUCAUGCAGUUACUGCUGGAGAACCUCGGUAAUGAGAAUGUGCACAGGUCUGUGAAACCACAGAUUCUGUCCGUCUUUGGGGAUAUUGCUCUUGCCAUUGGAGGUGAAUUCAAGAAGUAUCUGGAUAUUGUGCUGGACACUUUACAGCAGGCCUCACAAGCACAAGUGGACAAGAUGGAUUAUGAUAUGGUGGAUUAUCUGAAUGAGCUGAGAGAAGGCUGUCUGGAGGCGUACACCGGCAUCAUUCAGGGUUUGAAGGGAGACCAGGAGAAUGUACACCCUGAUGUGAUGCUGGUGCAGCCUCGUGUGGAGUUUAUUUUGUCCUUCAUUCAUCACAUCGCCGAGGAUGAUGAUCAUUCAGAUGGAGUUGUUGCUAAUGCUGUAGGACUCAUUGGUGAUCUGUGUACGACCUUUGGCAAAGAUGUCAUGAAGCUGGUGGAGGUUCGACCUCAGAUCAAUGAUCUGCUGACAGAAGGCCGGAGGUCCAAGACCAGCAAGACCAAGACGUUGGCCACAUGGGCCACAAAGGAGCUGCGGAAGUUAAAGAGCCAAGCUUGAUUACUGGCUGUGGAAAGAGUAAUGGAAAUCCAACCCACUGAGGUUUCUUCUGUCUUGAACACAAGUCAAAGCAGAAGUGAUGUGUGCGCUGAGAUGAGUGAGAAUGUGAGCGAGAGAGAGUGAGAGAGAAAGCGUGAGACAUCACACCACCUUCAGAAUUUAAUUCCAGCAGAAAACACAGCGGCCCAAAACCUUCACCGAUUCAAGCCCUCCUCAUGUGUGGACUCUCUCUGACCUGACCAAUAAACUGUAGAAGACAACAUUCAGUGCAGGCGCACGCUCAUAUCUGUCCCUGGUUAGUGAACGACAGGACUGUUUUACUCAUCUGUGGACACUCUUUUUUUGGCACUUAUUAAAAACAAAGUUAGGACUGUGGAUUGUUCCCUAUGGCGCGAUGCACUUGAGACAUGAGAACACGGGGCAGAGAUGAUGCUGAUGCUGCUGCUGGAGUUUAUAAUGGCGUGACUGGAGUGUGUGUGUGAAUGAGCGGAGGGGCUCUAUAUCCCCUCUAAUGUUUCAACCGCUAAUAAAUAAAACCUUAGAAAUCUUGUUGCAAAUUCCGUGAACUGCACUUCUGUAAACAUGAACAUGGGAGAGCGAGCAGGCGAUGGGUGAACCAGAUGAUGGACAUUCAUCUUGCUUUUCACUGCAGUCUUUUCUUACUUUUGUUUUCGGUUUUUCUUUUAAGUUCUAGUUCUCUUUAGUAUGUUAGUAUGGGCUCUACCGGGCUUUCACCUGACCUGCAAAGGGAAGGAAUAGAGGAACACAGCCACUGGAGAGGUGGAAUCUGAUCGGCAAGCACUUACACGUCUCACUUUAUUCCCCCUUCAUUUGAUUUGCAGGAUAAUGAGUGCCAAAUCCAUGCGAGUACUGAUGAUGGACAUGUGCUUAUACAUUCAUUAACACACAAAUUUCCAAAUAAACAUGUCACUGUUUCAUUUACAUUGAUGUGCUUUGCUUGUGUGUUGUGUGUGUGUUUUGCCAGCAUUUCAUUCAAGUCAUUCACUGAGCUUUUAAACGAUGACAAUGGACAGAAUCAGACAUUUGUAUGAGGUUAUAUUUUUCCAUUGAUAUGAAAAAAAAUAAAAUUUAACGUUUCCUUAGCAUUUGUGGUACUUUGGCUGCCUUUCAUCGCAAAGGAAAUUGAUGAAAGUGAAACUGGUUUUAUGUCAUUAUUAAUGUGAGGCUUCUCUGACAGAUUGUUGCGUUUCUUUACUGAAAGUGCGCUAAUGCUUCAAGAAUGCCACAAAACUUUACGUUUGAUGAAUGAAACCCAUAUGGAGUGAAAUAUGAGCGUGAUGGUGAAAGUGCUGCGUUGUAUUGAAUAUUUGGACCUGAUGUUCACAUGAUGCAGUUUGGGAACUAUCGUCAGCUUGAGUUUCUUGCAGUCAUUAUAAAGCUAAUAAAUGACGACAUGAA